AUGGCGACCGAUCCCACCCGCUACAAGCUCAACCACUCGAUGCUUCGCAUCAAGGAUCCCAAGCGUAGCGUAGAGUUCUACGAGUUCCUGGGCAUGAAGCUCAUCAACAAGCUACCAAAUCCUGACGCCAAGUUCGAUCUGUACUUUUUUGCGUACGACAGCCCGAAGGCUGUGUCCCACGGCAAUCACUGGACCGACCGCGAGGGCAUCGUCGAGCUCACACACAACUACGGCACCGAAGACGACCCAAACUACAAGAUUACCAACGGCAACACAGAACCCCACAAGGGCUUCGGUCACCUCUGCAUAUCAGUCGACAACCUCCAGGCGGCCUGCCAGCGCCUCGAAGAUGCCGGUUACAAGUUUCAGAAGAAGCUCACAGACGGGCGCAUGAGGCACAUUGCUUUCGUGCUGGACCCUGAUGGCUACUGGGUUGAAGUCAUUGGGCAGAAGCCUCUGGAAGAAACCGAGAAUGCCAAGGAAACCGAUACUGCCACAUACCGCAUGAACCACACUAUGAUUCGGGUUAAGGACAAGGACGUUUCGCUCAACUUCUAUCAGGACGUCCUUGGCAUGAAUCUCAAGCGCACCUCUGAGAGCCCCAACGCAGGCUUCAACCUGUACUUCCUCGGUUAUGGCGCGGACGCUGCCGCACAGACCGCAAACGGCGUGAAUCCUGUAGCAGACAGCGAGGGCCUGCUCGAGCUUACAUGGAACUACGGCACUGAGAAGGACGGCGAUUUCAAGUACCACAACGGCAACGAUGAGCCCCAAGGUUUUGGUCACAUCUGCAUUACUGUCGACGACCUGGAUGCUGCCUGCGCUCGUUUCGAGGAGAAGGGCGUCAACUGGAAGAAGAAGCUUACCGACGGCAGGAUGAAGAACAUUGCCUUCGUGCUAGACCCUGACAACUACUGGAUCGAGGUUGUGCAAAACGAAAGGCUCAAGACACGAAGCAAUUGGUAA